GAGGGUGACGUCUUGUGAUGGGACCAUACAUGUUUGGAAUAGCCAAACUGGAAAAGCAAUAACAAUAAUUUCCAGAAUAAGUAUACUAUUCGUAUUACUUUGAAAAUUAUAGGAGGAUGAGAUUGGCUCGUUUCAGAUUAUUAGGUUGACUCGUUUUGAGUAGGUUAGAGGGUAUUCUUUUUUUUUUCUUUUUUGAUGAUUAUUCUUUUCAAUUUAUUUUAAAAAAGAAAAAAAAAAAAAAAAAAAAAAAAAAACAUCGUUUAAUCGCCCCCUCCUCACUCCUCAGUCUUCACCCUCCAACUUCAAUCACCUCAUUCUGUUUGGUUUCAUGGUGCUCCGUGUUCUUGUGAAGUCGUGAAGAAAAGCAGUAUCCUUAAAACCCUUAUCAACAGAAAAACUGUCAACGACAGAAAAAUCAGAAAUUUCAACUAAUUAUCUCAGCUUUCGUGAUCCUAACCUAUAGAGAGAUUUGAAAGGGAAGAUCAUAACAAUUUGUAAUAGCUUUGCUGAAGCCAUAAAUCUCCUGAACAGGUAAAAAUGUCAUCUUUUUUGUGUUAAUUGCAUCUCAAACUCCAUUAAUUCUACUCUAGGAUUUCAAUUAAGAUUUCUUUUUUGAAUUUAUUGAUAUCAACCUACAUUGGUAAAUUGAAAGAGAGAGAAAAUGCGUAGAUUAUCAUUGUAUUUCUGCAAGAACAGUCAUCCUGCUCUGUUGUUACCCUCUGAAUCCUAUGCUGGAUUAACAUUUGUUGCCAAUUUCUCCAACAUUUCUUCCCCUUCUAAAAAAUUCCCAGUUCCUCAAAAUCAACUACCCCAAUUCAAUCCUGGUUUUGUGAACCCGAAAAAUGGGUUUGGAUUGGUUCAUUUGGAUAGUGAUUCACAAAACAGUGUUGCCCAUGAUCGUAAAUUUGAUGAAUUUGAGGCUGAUGUUGAAAAAAUUUAUCGAAUUUUGAGGAAGUUCCACUCUAGGGUUCCAAAAUUGGAGCUUGCUUUACAAGAAUCUGGUAUAAUUAUGCGUCUUGGGUUAACGGAACGGGUAUUAAACCGAUGUGGGGAUGCGGGGAAUUUAGCUUAUCAGUUUUUCAUAUGGGCAUCGAAGCAGCCUGGUUACAGGCAUAGCUAUGAUGUCUAUAAGGCCAUGGUUAGGACUUUAGCCAAAAUGAGGCAAUUCGGAACGGUUUGGGCAAUAAUAGAAGAAAUGAGGAGAGAGAGUCCGCGGUUAAUUACCCCGGAUGUGUUUGUUGUGUUGAUGAGAAGGUUUGCUUCUGCAAGGAUGGUUAAGAAGGCAGUUGAAGUGUUAGAUGAAAUGCCUAAAUACGGGUGUGAACCUGACGAGUAUGUCUUUGGGUGUUUGUUGGAUGCGUUGGCUAAGAAUGGUAGUGUCAAGGAGGCAGCCUCACUUUUUGAGGAUAUGAGGAUGAGGUUUACACCAAGCCUCAAGCAUUUUACUUCCUUGCUGUAUGGAUGGUGUAAAGAAGGGAAACUGUUGGAAGCAAAGCAUGUCUUGGUCCAAAUGAGGGAGGCUGGGUUUGAACCAGAUAUAGUAGUCUACAAUAAUUUGCUUAACGGGUAUGCAGUGGCUGGGAAGAUGGCUGAUGCGUAUGAUCUUUUAAAAGAAAUGAGGAGGAAGGGUUGUGAGCCAAAUGCAGCAUCUUACACAGUAUUGAUCCAGGCGCUUUGUUCCAUGGAGAAAACCGAGGAAGCAAUGCGAGUCUUUUAUGACAUGGAGAAAAGUGAUUGUGAUGCGGAUAUCAUAACCUAUAAUGCCUUGAUUAGUGGACUAUGCAAGUGCAGAAAAAUUGAUAAAGCCUAUGAGCUUCUAGAUACUAUGCUUCAGCGAGGCCACACCCCUGAUCAAACUACUUAUCUGCAUAUACUUUUGGCUCAUGAGAAGAAGCAGCAAUUUGAAGAGUGUAAGGAGCUUGUUGAUGAGAUGCAAAAGAUCGGUUGCUUUCCAGAUACUAAAAUAUACAAUACCUUGAUCCGUUUGGCAUACAAGUUGGGGGAGGUAAAAGAAGGUAUUGAACUUUGGAAUGAGAUGGAGGCAAGUAGACUAAGUCCUGGGAUAGAAAGCUUCACUAUAAUGAUUCACGGUCUUGUUGAGCAGGAUUGUCUAGUCGAAGCUUGUGACUAUUUCAAGGAAAUGAUUAACAGAGGGCUUUUAUCUGCUCCCCAGUAUGGUACUUUUAAGGACCUACUGAACUCCCUUUUACGAGCUAAAAAGCUUGAAUUAGCUAAAGAUGUGUGGGAUUGUAUCAUCGUAAAAGGAUGUGAGUUGAAUGUUUAUGCAUGGACAAUCUGGAUCCAUGCACUCUUCUCAAAGGGGCAUGUGAAAGAGGCAUGUUCUUAUUGCCUGGAAAUGAUGAAUGCAGAUGUGAUGCCAGAGCCCAGCACUUUUGCAAAAUUAAUGAAGGGCCUGAAAAAACUGUAUAACAGACAAAUCGCUGCAGAAAUAACAGAAGAAGUGAGGAAGAUGGCAGCCGAUAGACAGAUUACCUUCAAAAUGUACAAAAGAAGGGGAGAGAGGGAUUUGAAGGAGAAAGAUAAAGCGAAAACUGAUGGAAGAAAGAGGAGGGCUCGUCGACGUCAGUGGGGCCAAGGUCGUAGUAAAGCUGACAUUGUUAUUUGAUGAAUGGUGUGUGAGCUUCAAAAGCUAAACUUAGAUGGAGUUUUGUUUGUAAAUUGGAAACAUGAGCCCAUAUCAGGUUUUUAUUCGCUGGGCAAUAUUGGAGGUUUGACAUUGCUUGGCUUGAGCAAGGGAGGGAUUUCUCAGAGUUCUUUACCUGUAUAGAAGGUGCUCUAUAUUGCAGAUCUGUAUGGCUGUAUUGCUUGUAUGCAUGUUUGGAGUUCUAAAUGUCUACUGUCCUGUUGAGGCAAUAAGCUGCACUUCUUGUUAAUUGUCAUAAUCUGAUCAGAGCUGAUUUUUUUUUUGUGUUUGGGGGGGGGGGGGGGGGGGGGGGGGGGAGAUUGUGCCGAUCUAGAUAACAUAGGUAAGCAAAGCUCUCAAAGUUGAACCAUGUUUCUAUUUCUUCCAUGGCAACAGCAGCUCAACCUUAUUUUAUUUUGAUCCCUUGUAAAUGUAAUGCUUGUUUUGUUUCUUAUUCCCGUUCCUAGUGUUCUGGUAACUUAAGCUUUUGUGUGUGUGAAUUCUGUGAAGUGCCUUCAAUAGGCAUCAUAUCCCUACUCAUUCAGUCAUGCCUAUGAUGCAUCAACCAGAAUGUUGUUAAUCUCACACAGCUUCUCAUUGUGGUUAUGCUGUUAUGGGUCAUUCCUGUUGAACUUAGCAUUUGUGUAAUACAGAAAUUAUCAACAAUUAACCCACCUUUUUACGCCAGAAUAAAAGGAAUGAAUGAAUGAUGUUGUUUGCAAGAGCAAAGUACAGUUAUUGUAAAUGAAAUACAGAAGUCAUACUAGUUUGAAAUAUCAGUAUCAAUACUUCCAGAAUAUUAUAUUACAGCAUGAUUUUCUUUUUAAUUGUCACCACAAAAAAAAAAAAAAAAA